UUUCAUCAAACGCCCGUUUCUUCUUUCUUCUUCAAUCAUAAGACAAACCUGCGAUGAAAAAGGAAGAUAGAAAUUGACAACUUUUUCUGAGAGAGAACUCGAGAAAAAAAGGAGGUGACCCUCGUUCUGUAAUCGAUUGCUGAAUUGAAUCGGAGAAUCUGUGAGUUGUGAUUGAGUAUUGUGGAAGAAGAGUAAUGGCGAAAGCAGGAGGAGGAAUCACGAACGCAGUGAACGUAGGAAUCGCUGUUCAAGCAGAUUGGGAGAAUCGUGAGUUCAUCUCCCACAUCUCCCUCAAUGUUCGUCGCCUCUUCGAGUUCCUCGUCCAAUUCGAGUCGACGACAAAGAGCAAAUUGGCAUCAUUGAAUGAGAAGUUGGAUCUUCUGGAACGUCGCUUGGAGAUGCUUGAGGUCCAAGUGAGUACCGCUACAGCUAAUCCUUCUCUGUUCGCUACCUGAAGCCAGUGUCUGAACCUUUGGCCUAAUCAGAAGGAAGAAGAAGCAUCUUUUCGUUUUUGAAUGUGUAUCCGUCGAAUCAUUCUUUCCUUCUGCCAUAGAUGUAGUAAACUAUUAAUAUGAAUCCAGACACAUGAACUGUGUAUCUUUGUCUAUCCCAGUGUUGAUGUAACUUGUAAGAUCGUUUGAGUGCUAAAUCGUUUCAUUAUGUCACGUAGAGUUUUGCUUCAUUUUGAUCUUUGUGGAACUACGGAUCAUUGAUCAUU